AUGUCUACGCAAAACCCAUCAUACGGCACAAAGGUCACUGACCCCAAUGCAUCCUCAAUUGAAGAGUCAACUGGAGCCGUUGCAAACGAUUCUCUGGCAGCAGAGUCCACAAGAGCCAACGGAGGCUUUGCCUCAAACCGCGGAAGCGAGCCCCAAGGAGUCUCUGGCUCCAACUCUACAUUCGCCAACACGAACACCUCGGGAGCAACCCGUCUAGAUCCUGCUUCAGACGCUGAAGCCCGUCAAGCAGAAGGCGACUGGGCCGAAGAGAAGAAACUUGGCGGUACUGGCACCUAUCCAGAUGCUGCUGGCGGGCAAGCAAAAGGUCUCGCAGUGACAAAUACGCAAGGCUCUUACCAGACUGGCGGUGCGUCUAGCAACGCUGGCACGGCUCCUUCCUAUGUCUCGAGCCAAUACGUCGAUGGCGGUGGUCCCAAGGGAAAGAACUUGACCGAGGGGGGGUUUGAGAGUAAUGAUAGCAAGAACGCGAGCUGGAGCCAGGAUAUUGGUGGGAAGAAUGACCCAGGAAGACUAGCGGAGCAAAAGUUUGAGAGACAGAAUGCGGGGGCUGGUCCUGACGCUGGACACCCCAGACAGAAGGGUGUGAGUGGUGAUAACACCUAUGAUGCUUUGGGAGGCGAUACUCAGGCAUAA